CCCUCUCUGGUCUCUUCCUCUGCUGGCCUGCCUGUCUGCCUGCCUUGCCAACCGAGCCAGUUGAUCAUCCCAAAGCCCUUUUCAUUCAAAAGAAGAAAAAAAAAGACAACUUCAGAAUGUCUUUCAAGACCACAUCCACCUCCUACAGGAGCUCUGCUGGCCCAAGGAACUUCAGCAGCAGCUCUUAUGCAGGACCAGGGGGCAUCACCUCCCGCAAGACCUUCACAGUGAGGAGCUCCUAUGGGAGUGGAGGCAGCAGGGGCUUCGGAGGAGCUGGCGCCGGCUUCGGAGGAGCUGGCAUCACCAGCAGCUCUGCCUACAGCCUGAGCUCGCAGAUGGGCGGCUCAGGUGCAGGAGGCAUGGGCAUGGGCAUGGGUUUUGGAGGAGCCGGCAUCGUCCAGGCCCCCAUCACUGCCGUGACGGUGAACAGGAGCCUGCUGGCCCCCCUCAACCUCGAGAUCGACCCCACCAUCCAAGCUGUCCGCACCCAGGAGAAAGAGCAGAUCAAGACCCUCAACAACCGCUUCGCUUCCUUCAUUGACAAGGUCCGCUUCCUGGAGCAGCAGAACAAAAUGCUGGAGACCAAAUGGAACCUGCUGCAGGGACAGACCACCACCCGCUCCAACAUCGACGCCAUGUUCGAGGCCUACAUCACCAACCUGCGCAGACAGCUGGACAGCCUGGGCAACGACAAGAUCAAGCUGGAGGCCGACCUGCACAACAUGCAGGGCCUGGUGGAGGAUUUCAAGAACAAGUAUGAAGACGAGAUCAACAAGCGCACAGAGUGUGAGAACGACUUUGUCCUCAUCAAGAAGGACGUCGAUGAGGCCUACAUGAAUAAGGUCGAGUUAGAGGCCAAGCUGGAAAGUCUGACAGAUGAGAUCAACUUCCUUAGGUCGAUCUACGAGGAGGAACUGCGUGAGCUCCAGAGCCAGAUCAAGGACACUUCAGUCAUCGUGGAAAUGGACAACAGCCGUAACCUGGACAUGGACUCCAUUGUGGCUGAAGUCAAGGCCCAGUAUGAGGACAUCGCCAACCGCACCCGCGCAGAGGCAGAGACGUGGUACAAGACCAAGUAUGAAGAGAUGCAGACGUCCGCCAACAGAUAUGGAGAUGACUUGAGGGCGACCAGAACAGAGAUCGCAGACCUGAACCGCAUGAUCCAGAGACUGACGUCAGAGAUCGACGCCAUCAAGGGACAGCGCGCUAACCUGGAGGCGCAGAUCGCUGAGGCCGAGGAGCGCGGCGAGCUGGCGGUGAAGGACGCCAAGUCCCGCAUCAAGGAGCUGGAAGAUGCCCUGCAGAGAGCCAAACAGGACAUGGCCCGACAGAUCAGAGAGUACCAGGACCUGAUGAACGUCAAGCUGGCUCUCGACAUUGAGAUCGCCACCUACAGAAAACUGCUGGAAGGAGAGGAGGACAGGCUGGCGAACGGCAUCAAGGCCAUCAACAUUUCCCAACAGAGCACAAGUUACAGCGGCUUCCCCAUGGACAGUAUGAAGAGCAGCUACUCGAGCAACUACUCCAGCGGCUACAGCAGCGGCUACGGCAGCGGCGCCGGAGGCUACGGCAGCGGCGCCGGCGGCUACAGCAGCGGCUUCAGCAGCGGCAGCGGCACCAGCGGUUACAGCACCACCCAGAGCAAGAAGAACGUCGUCAUCAAGAUGAUCGAGACCAAGGACGGCAGAGUGGUGUCCGAGUCCUCCGAGGUCAUCGAGGAUUGAAGCGUCUAGGCGCAGCUACCCGUCCGCUACGAUGCUCCUCUUCCUCUCUGGUAGUUUUUUAUACUCACAGCUCACCCAACCUCAACUAUCGUAAUAAACAAGUCUGAAGUUUAAAAAAAAAUGCUUUCCAAACACUCUCCGAUAGAGCACGAACGUGUUUUUUCAUGAAGCAAUAAACGAUCCUAACACUACCAAAGAUCUGAACGGGACCAAAGAACUUACUCUGUAUGUCCAAUGUCUGAAGGAUUUUACUAAAAGAAGUUAAAAAGUGAGUUUAGAACUUGGAAAAUAGAAGGAAAAAAAACAGAAUAUAGCACACUCCCAUGAAGUCUAAACAACUGUCAAUCCGUAUAUGAAGGGUCAGAGUGUUGCAUGAAAUGGACAGUGACCAUGUAAAAAAAUAUAAGGAAUGUGAAUGUAAUGAAAAUGAGCUCCAGUGUUGUUGGAUAACUAAUGUUCUAAAGUUACCUGCUACAGUAGGUAGUGCAUGUCUUCCCUGUGUGUGUCCUUUAACUGAAAUUGAUUUUGGCCCCCCUAUGUGUCACACCGUUGUCCCGAGGUGCUGUUUUUGCUACCAAACUGAAUAAAAAUGUGUUUACUGAAUGAAA